AUGAUAUCCAAAGAGCUGAUCGAUCAGCUGAGUAAAUUAGCCACGGACGCAAUGGACUAUAAUGGAACGGCGGUUAACGUUACACAUUCGGUGUUUGCAGAUAAUGUAACGACAACGUCUGAUUUGGAUAAUAUCACAACAACAUCGUAUUUUCUCAAUAGGUUUUGUUUCUCUGUUCUGUUCGUUGUAUACACAUUUGGUCAUUUGGUUUCUUUGGCUCUGCUUUUUGGUGGAACAUGCAAUCGUUGUUGUUGUGGUGAUUUCGUUACGUUUAACUUGACGCAUGUUAAUCAGACUUUUCUCUCGCAAUGUAAACCUGGGCAAGUGGCACCGAAUGAAUUGAGCACAGCAAUCACAUCCUACCCGAUAUGCAGACGUAGAAGAUUUCCGUGGGCGCUGUAA